AUGAACUCAAAUUGGAAAUCACUACAUCGCUAUUACGCGUUUGACCCCAAGAAAUACCCAAUGGACGCGUUCUUCGCAGAUAUGAAAACAUUUCGAGAUCAAUACGAGCAUGCCUACCGCGAUAUCGAAAAAGAACGGGAAUUGAAGGAACGAGAAGAGCAGCGCAAGAAACGACCUCCAUUCAGACCGAUACAAACCAAUGCAACGCCUUCGUCGGUGAAUCGUGGUGUCAGAAUCGAUGGACUUCUUAAAAACGGUUCGUUAUUCAUUUCAUUCAUAAAGCAAAUUUCUUUUUGA